CGACAUCAAGUGUCAAGCGCCUACCACCCAGAGUCGCAGGGCGCGCUGGAGAGAUUCCACCAGACGUUGAAAAACAUGGUCCGCAUUUACUGUCAUGAGACGGAUGACCAGUGGGAUGAAAUGGUUCCGCUGUUGUUGUUUGCUGCUAGAGAGAGUGUGCAGGAUACUCUGGGGUUUAGCCCAUUUGAGCUUGUGUUCGGCCAUGAGAGUAUGUGAACUGGCAAGAGCGAACCUCGGUGAGGCCCAGAGACGGAUGAAGACGCGGUACGACAGAGAUGCUCAGUCACGAUCCUUUUCACCUGGAGAAAGAGUACUGGUCUUCCUUCCCGUCCCUGGGCAGUCACUGAAGGCGCGUUAUUUUGGACCAUGUACCGUGGAGAAAAAGCUAAGUGACCUGAAUUAUGUAAUUCAGACUCCAGUCACGACUUUGCCAUAUUAAUCAGAUUAAGAAAUAUGUAGAA